AAGCGAGGACAAGAUCAGCCACAGCGCUUGACCACCGUGAAAAGUCGUCGGCUAUUCCCGACACGCCUUUCCUCCGUGACACGAACUCCCAAAAUGCCCUCGGAAGAGACAAAGGAAAGGAUCUUUAAGGCUGUCGAGCUCGGACGCACUGUCAUCCACUAUGGCUGGAUUCCUUUCAUCAUUUACAUUGGGUACUCGAGGAGCAACCCGCAGCCAUCACUGAUCAAGUUGAUUAGUCCCCUUGCAUGAUCUCGAGCUUCAGUCUGUACACCUAAUUGAUCGUUUGCAUUCGCUCUCCUUGCAAGUCCUGCUAUCUGCCUGAGUGAUUCUGAGCUUCUGGGCGUAUUUCAAUGUGCUAGACA